AUGUACAUUCAUCAGCGUAUCGAUGACCAGUUGGUGAAGUGCCAGACAGGAAUACAGCAUCUGCCGGUCGAAAUCUUGGAGCAUGUCCUUUCCCAUUUACCUCAUCCGGCCGACCUCCUUGCCCUCGCACUCACAAACCGUGCGCUGGGCGAUCUCAUCCUCAACUCCCACCUGUACUGGCACUCUAUCUCCGUCCCCUCGCAGAAUCAUGCCCUCCUCAACCAGCUGUGCGCCAACCGCCGCAUAUCAGGUCUGGUCAAGCGACUAGUGGUGACAGACACGUGGACCACCACUGGCCGAGGAUAUCGGUUGUGUAGCGAUUGCGGGCAUGGAGUGAGCUGGGACGCGCAGCUCGAGUUCUCAUUUCAUGGGGUGGUUGAAAAUCCUGUAGAGAUCGAUUAUGCGCUAUGGGCAAAGUGUGCAUUGGGACUCGCAGGACUCAGGACGCUCGUGCUGCAUGUACGUGACGUAGGGAGGUGGAAGACUUUCUUGGAUAUUGUGAGACGUACGAGUGCGUUGCAGAGUAUUGCCAUGCAGCAGUACUUGGGAUUCAUGUACCGUUUCCGGGCACAUGCGAAGGAGGCGAUCUCGGUGCUGGACGACAUCCCCGAAGUUGAAGAGUUCGAUUGGUAUUCUGCCCUAUCUCAAAGUACAGACCUCUUCCGCGCUCUCACAUCCCUCCUCUUACGUCUUGCUCCCACACUCCGCUCCCUCAAGCUCAACAUCUCCCAAGAAGACACCUCCUCGACCUCUCUCUGGCAUCUCCGGUUUCCCCAGCUCCAAUCCUGCCAGGUGCUUAACGUCCACGGCAGCAUUCACAUAGGGACGUUCCUCGCCGCUCACCCGGGGUUAGAGAGGUUCCAUUUCCAUACCUCAAGCGGGCUGCAAUUCGACUUUCCAGAAGAAGCCCUGACAAAUGCGAGGGACGUCGACCUCCGGUACUAUGGAUAUCCCGAGCUCUUCAUACGGCUCGUCCAGCACCUCCCGGACGGCAGGAGGCGCCCGCUCGAGUCACUGGCCGUGUGCGCUCAGGCCCUUGGGCGAAGAUACGGCGAGAAGGAUGCGCUGUCUGCCUUCUGCGCAGAGCUGAAGGAGGUGAAGACGCUUAGGACACUCACCUGGAUCGACCUGAGCAACGGGAUCUCCGGGAGCCGGUAUCUGGUUCCCGUGGCAAGUGCUUGUCCGGGGGUGGAGGAGGUCGUCUUCGCUUGGAACCUCCCUGCAGGUAACGCACUGACGAUCAUCGCUGAUGCCUUAUCCCUCCUACCCAACCUGACGCGCGUCCGCUGUCCAGCGUCCAGCUUGGUUCCGUAUGAACUCACCACCCAGGCCGAAGUGUUGGGGCGCGUGUGUCGGCGGUUGGAGAGGGUGAAUGACUGUGUGCGUGAUGGGGAGGGAUGGAGGGUACGGAAGGAGGCGAGGGCGUUCUGGGAGCGGGUGACGCUCUGA